GGAGGCGAACGUCUCGGACAUCGACAUCGGCGAGGACGCGAACCCGAAGCUCCCGCCCGCGGUGAGCUCGCUCGUCGACGGCUCGCUCGUCGUUCUCGAGGGCGUCGGCGGCGACGUCGCUCCGGGCACGAUCGUCCACCUCGGCGCGGACGGCGCCAAGGCUGUGCUGUUGUCCCAUCGCGAGCCCAAGUCGUUCGCGCUGAUGUUCAACGACGGCAGCGAGGAGAACGGCUGCGGCGCGAUCGCGCUGGGUCCCGGGACCGCGAAGGUCAAGGCGGGGGACGCCGUGGAGAUUUUGAAGAAGAAGAAAUUCGUCAUGCCCGCGGAGGCCGAGGUGAGAGGCCGGCACCUCGGCGCGCUCGGGCAGCCCCUGGACGGACGCCCGACGCGGCCCAUCCCCGGCGGUAAAUUCCGCGACGUCACCGCCGGCGGCGGCAGCGAGCUCAUGAUGGAAACCCCGAGCGUGGAGGACAGGAAGCCGAUCACGACGCCGCUCGUGACCGGGAUCAGAGCCGUCGACGUCCUCACCCCGGUCGGCCGAGGCCAGUGCAUGCUCCUCACCGGCGAGCUCGGGACCGGGAUAAACAUGCUCGGCCUCUCCGCGGUCGCCGCGCAGGCGAAGAGCGGCGUGCGGUGCGUGUACGGCGCCGUGGGCGCGUCCGCGGAGGACAGCGGGAUGGCAAUCGCCGGCGAAUUAG